AUGGACAGGCAGCACCGCAAUCGGCAUCGGCAUGAGGACUUGACCGGCGGCGGGCGCGCCGGGGUUCGUGUUCGUCGCGGCGGCGGCGCCGACGGUGGCGCGAUGGAGGCGAGCCGGCGCGGGCGGUUCUACCACCACGACGGGCCCGGCGCGGCGGCCGUCCCGGUGGUGGACCAGGCGGACUGCACGGCGCAGAUGUGCCGGUCCUGCGUGGCGGUGACGCUGGCGGACGCCAUCGCGCUCGGCUGCUGCCCCUGCGCGGUGGUCAGCCUGCUGGGGCUGGCGUUCGUCAAGGCCCCGCUCGCCCUGGCGCGCCGGUGCCUGCGGCGGCUGCGGCGGCGGCGGGGCGAGCUGCGGCACAAGAAGCGGGUGCGCGACGUGGACGGCCCCGCCGCCAAGGCCAAGUGCCGUUGCUCCGACGCGCCGCCGGCGGCCACGGGGCGAUGGAGGCGCUGGACGCCGCCGACGCCGCGUCGAAAGGCGCGUGGUGGGCUGAUCAAAAGAUUUGCAGCGGAACCGAAAAGGCCCAAGUUCCAUCCUGAAACUAUUGGUUGA